UCGGCUAAGCCGGCCUCCCGGCUCCGACCCCCAACGCUGCGCCCGAGGGGCCACCGCCCAGCCCCGCGGCCCGCCCGCAGCCGCCCCCAGCGUCGCUCCGCCUCCCGCGGCCCCCCGGCGCGGCCCCGCCCGGAUCGGACUCCGAACUGCGAAGUGGCUGCGACGCCCCGGAGCGAACCACUCGCGCCUAGGGGUGUGGCGGCUGGCGCGGAACCGCCGGGGCGUGGGGCCACCACGGCGACGCCCCCCUCGGACACCCCGCGACCGGGCUGCAGCGCAGGGGCCGCGGGGCCGCGCCGGGCUGGGCCGGGGCGAGCGCAGGACAGGACGCGGGGCCGCGCCCCUCCCGGCCGGCAUCGCGAUGGGCCGGCCCGCGGGCUCCGCCAGGUGCAGCGCCGCGCGGGGCCGGGGCUCGCGCACCUCCGCGGGGCGGGGCGGGGCGGGGCUGGCCGGGCCGCCCCCGUCCCCGCCCGGGCCCUCCCCUCCCGGCCCCGGAGCAGCCCGCGCCCCGGGAGCCCGCGCCCCGCGGCCUCGCCGCCACACUUGCCUGGGAGCGGCGGCCACGGCGGCACCAUGAAGAAGUCGUACUCAGGAGUUACUCGGACCUCUAGCGGCCGUCUCCGGAGGCUUGGUGACCUGACUGGCCCAGCCUUGAAAAGAUCUUUUGAGGUUGAGGAGGUCGAGACGCCCAACUCCACCCCACCCCGGAGGGUCCAGACUCCCCUGCUCCGGACCACGGUGGCCAGCUCCACCCAGAAAUUCCAGGAUCUGGGUGUGAAGAACUCAGAGCCUGCAGCCCGCCAUGUGGACUCCCUGAGCCAGCGCUCCCCCAAGGCUGCCCUGCGGAGGGUGGAGCUCUCGGGGCCCAAGGCCGAGCCGGUGUCCCGGCGCACCGAGAUCUCCAUCGACAUCUCGUCCAAGCAGGUGGAGAACGCUGGUGCCGCUGGGCCAUCCCGGUUCGGGCUCAAGCGGGCCGAGGGGCUGGGCCACAAGACGCCAGAGCCUGCCCCUCGGAGGACGGAGAUCACCUUAGUCAAGUCCCAGGAGUCGGCCCACCGGAGGAUGGAGACCCCCACCUCCAAGAUCCCCGAGGUGCCCACUGCCCCCACCGCUGACGCAGCCCCCAGGAGGGUUGAGAUCCAGGUGCCCAAGCCAGCAGAGGUGCCCGCCUCCCCCAUCCCGCCCCAGACGCUGGAGAAUUCAGAACCCGUCCCCAUGUCUCAACUGCAGAGCAGACUGGAGCCCAGGCCCCAUCCGCCCGCGGCCGAAGCCCCACCCAAGAGCCAGGAGGCCACUGAGGCAGCUCCUGGCUGUGUUGGCGACAUGGCCGACACCCCCAGAGACGCCGGGCUCAAGCAGGUGCCCGCACCGCGGAAUGAGAAGGCCGCCGUGGACUUCGGCUAUGUGGGGAUCGACUCCAUCCUGGAGCAGAUGCGCCGGAAGGCCAUGAAGCAAGGCUUCGAGUUCAACAUCAUGGUGGUCGGGCAGAGCGGCUUGGGGAAGUCCACCUUGAUCAACACUCUCUUCAAAUCCAAGAUCAGCCGGAAGUCGGUGCAGCCCACCUCGGAGGAGCGCAUCCCCAAGACCAUUGAGAUCAAGUCCAUCACGCACGAUAUCGAGGAGAAGGGUGUCCGCAUGAAGCUGACCGUCAUCGACACGCCGGGGUUCGGGGACCACAUCAACAAUGAGAACUGCUGGCAGCCCAUCAUGAAGUUCAUCAACGACCAGUACGAGAAGUACCUGCAGGAGGAGGUCAACAUCAACCGAAAGAAGCGCAUCCCGGACACGCGCGUCCACUGCUGCCUCUACUUCAUCCCUGCCACCGGCCACUCCCUCAGGCCCCUGGACAUCGAGUUCAUGAAGCGCUUGAGCAAAGUGGUCAACAUCGUUCCGGUCAUCGCCAAGGCCGACACGCUGACCCUGGACGAGAGGGUCUACUUCAAGCAGCGGAUCACGGCGGACCUGCUGUCCAACGGCAUCGACGUGUACCCGCAGAAGGAGUUUGACGAGGACUCAGAGGACCGGCUGGUGAACGAGAAGUUCCGAGAGAUGAUCCCGUUCGCCGUGGUGGGCAGUGACCAUGAGUACCAAGUGAAUGGGAAGAGGAUCCUUGGAAGGAAAACCAAGUGGGGCACCAUCGAAGUCGAGAACACCGCACACUGUGAGUUUGCUUACCUGCGCGACCUCCUCAUCAGGACGCACAUGCAGAACAUCAAGGACAUCACCAGCAGCAUCCACUUCGAAGCCUACCGCGUGAAGCGCCUGCAUGAGAGCAGCAGCGCCAUGUCCAACGGCGUCGAGGAGAAGGAGCCUGAAGCCGAGGAGAUGUAGGCCCCGCCUGCCCCAGGACCCUGCCCCGUCUUUUCCGCCCCCCCGACCCGCCCACAGCCCCCUUUUAUUUUAUAUAAUUUUCUCCAUGUGUCGUGGUUCUCCGCCCCUUUCCACGCUGCCGAGUAACAAGAUAACGAGUUCCCUCUUGACUAUGUCCGUCAUUAGCCGCUGACUGUGGGGCCCCGGGCGGGGUGGGGCCUCGGAGUGGAGGCCGGCUCUCUGGCUGUCCUGAGGUCUGUGGGAGCUGGACCGUGGCCAGGAGGGUGGGAGAGCACCCACUGAAUCAGCACCAACCCCAGACCCCAGGCCCAGAGGAGCCGCCCCUCCUCUUGGUCCCCCUCGGCCACAGCCCCUGGAGCGUGGCGGGGUUGUGCCCACGGGAGGAUGGAGCCAUCCUGGUGGACCUGGAGCCCCUUCCUGCCCGCCGCCUCCCCACAUGGCGUGGGCGGUCACUCAGACCAUGUAACUCAGAGAGCCCCCUGCCCUUACCCCGCUCCCAAGGGAGAAUAGUUAAUUCCACGAGAUGCAAGUUGCCAAUUGCUUAGACGCGGCGAGCCUGUCCCGGAGCAGAAAGUGCCUUUAUCUCUGCCGUCCAUGGGAGCCAGCAGACUCCCCAGCUGUCCCCUCAGAAGGGAAAUCGGGACAGUUUGCAGUGAGGGAGGUGUCUCUUCAUCUCCCCGUUGCCCCCUCCCCCCUCGCUGGGGUUUGAUUGAGAAUUAAAAGGAAGGAACAAGGUGCACCCCACCCACCUCUCUGACUUUGGGGAAGAUCCAAGCAAGUGAAUCCGGUGGAGGAGCUGAGGGAGGAAGCGAUGGCGGGUGCAGAAGGAACAGGGGGCCGUGUGGACCGUGGCUGGGGAAGUUCAGUGGCCCGAGAGGCCUUGGUGCCUGCCCAGUGUGACUGGCAAGUGUGUGUGUGUGUGUGUGUGUGUGUGUGUCUGUUCAAACAUCUGUUUGGCCCAAGAUGCUCUGGUUAAAUUAAGGCCCAGUCGGUCAUCCCAGACACACGCUCGGCCCUCUCGUCCAGGCCUUCCUGACGCCUGGGAGGUGGGAGGCCAGGCGAGCCUGACUGUUACCCUGUGUAUGCCUGGGCCCCUGCACCCCAGAGCCCAUUGAAAAGACCCCCAAAGAGGGAGAGGCUGGGAGCCAGGUGUUCACAGCCCACAGCCGGCCGCAGACAGGGUUCACGUCAGCACGGCCCGGCCGGUCUCUCCUGCUCCCUCACCCUCGCUCCACCGGGGGACCAGCUGGGACCGUCCGUGCUGUGCACAGCAGAACUCGUGCUGCUUCCUGCCUCCUGGAGAGAGGACCCGGCUCAGGCUGACGAGAUUAGACACGGGUGAGGUGCACGUCCAUCUGCGGACACCAGGCUUGCUGCCUGCAGCCGAGGAGAAGAACCGUGGGAGGAGGGGACGCAGACAGACCUGGGGUGCGCGGGUGUGUGCUGGCAUGUGUGUGUGCACAGAUGUCCCUGCCUUGCGUCUCCUCCCUCCCCACCUAGGAGAGGCAGGACCCCUUAGCAAAACACUUUUCUUGCCGACUUGCCAUGUUUUUGCCAAAACCAGGAAUUUGAAGGACUUGCCCAUCUCCAGCGGGGGGUUCCGGGACGUGGGGCGGCCAUCUCGGGGGGCGCGCUCCUCCAGCCUCGUGCUGCGGGGGCUCUGCGGCAGCCCACCCGGGAUGGCUUUGCUUUCCUUCCCUGUAGCCGGAUUUUGAAAAAUUGUUAGUCUCGCCGGAAUCUGUUCCACAGUGGCCUUUCGCUCUGUGCCUCCUGAGAAAUUCGUCUCUUUUUGUAUAAAUAACUAAGUGUUGACAAUGUAUUUCCUGAAAUAAAUGUUGCAAAUGCAAACCUGGAA